AGGUUGUCCAAUGUCGAAGUUCAAUUGUACCGAGACGAUUACUGACUACCGAGUUGACUAGGUUGUGGAGUUGAGGAAAACGCGGUCCAUAAUAAUAAAAUAUAAUUUUUAGUUGUUAAUAAUAAAUUCGGGAGCGGUGUGUCUGUGUGAGGCAAGUCGACGCCGAUCAUUGAUCAACAGUAAAAUUAUCGACAUUGCUGAUAUCGUCGUCGGAAAACGGUUUAGCGCAAACGGCCAACGCACUCGCGUACGUACGUUGUAUGCGCACACGCCAUUCACUCGCUCGUUCGACACGUUUUUAUUUAUGUUUUUUAGUGUUAUCGUUUCAUGUAGUAUAAAAUUACAAUAAAAUUAUACAAUAGCGCUGAUCCGGUCGGUGUGUUAUUUAUAAUAAUAGUUCCUAAACGUUUGACGACGACAUCCGUCCCUCUGCAGCAACCGAUUAUUGUUUCUUUGGAUAAGUGCGCGAUCCUUUUUCUUUUGGACGGGUUAAAUGUGUCGUUGAUAGCCAUUGUUCCAGCCACUACAGCAAUAAUUAUUAAUUACCAUACUCCCAUACUGUCAUCGUCGUUGCGCUUUUGCUUAUACGUUCUAUUAAUCAAUUACUUGGUACUCGUACUAGUCAGUUGUCUACGAGUACUACAACACAACCAUCUACAAUUGUUAGUUACUAAUUGCUAUCAUUACUACUACUUUUACUACUAUUUUAAUAUAGUGUACCAUUACUCCUACUUCUGAGGGGCACUGUAUAUUGUCCAAGUCUUAGGGUAGGUAAAUUAUCCUUGCUACAAUGUUUGAUUAUUUGUAGUUGUUUUUGUUGUGUCGUAAUAUAUUUAUCAACCUAUCUAAUAUUUUAUACCCAAACACUAUUACGCAUAGAUACUAAUUCAGACAACACUUGGAAAGUUUUACUAUACCGCUUUCUUUUAAAUUGGCAGUUAUGUAUUCAGACAUGAUAGAGUCACCAUCAAAGGAUUGUUUCUCCUUCAAUGAUCAGUCUACGCCUUAUGACAUGGCCGAGGUGAAUGAAAUUAGUAAUCAAGCCAAUUUGGAUUAUAUUUUUGAUUCAUAUUAUUCUUCGGUAUCAAGAUAUAAUACAGGAUUUGAACUUCCAGAAGACUGUAAAAAUAUGAGUUUUUCAGAACUAUUUGAUCAAGAACUGUUUAGUACUCAUGAAAAUAAAGACUGUCAAAUCACAAUAAAAAUUGAAAAAGAAGAACCGUUAAAUGAAUGUUAUUCUGCUGAAAAUUCUAUAGAUACUACUGAUAGUCUAAAUUUUGUAAAAGCAGAAGAAAAUAUUCCUUCUUCAUCAUUAUCAAAAAGUUUUGCUCCGAAACGAGGCAUUAAUAGAACAUCUAUUAAAACAAUAAGAACUUCUGAUGUCAAGCAUCUCAUACAUAAUCCUUUUUGUGAAACAGAACAGGUAAAUAAUCAAAUGUUGGGGUAUAUUAACUCAUCUAUUGUUAAAUGUGAAGUUGAAGAUGUCAAUGAUGUUGAAGAAAACAUGGCUGUAAUGGAUGUCAAUCCAUUUUAUUCUACUGAUGAUUUACAAAAUAGCAUAGGUUUGGAAAAAAUUGUAGAAAAUGUUUCAUCUUCGUCAUUAAAAUUUUCUACUUCAAAGGCACAAGGAACUAACAGAAUUUCCAUCAAAACUCCUGAUAAUUCUGAUGUUAAAGAUAUUUUUUAUCCUUUUUGUGAACCUAAAGAUCCUGCCAAUGAUCAAAUUCCGGUUAAKUUUCAAACACCAAUUAUUAAAUCGGAACCUAUUGAUGAAAAUGAAACUAUCGAAGACACCAUUUUUGAUCUUAAUUAUUUUGCUGAUGAUUCACAAACUACAUCAAAUAGUCACAAUAAUAUUGUAAAAGUGAAAAAUAGUGUCAGAAAAUAUGGUUCACAAAGUAAAACUAACAGUCAUAAUGUGGUUAAAGUUAUAGAUGAUAGUGUUACUCCGUUGCUAUUAAAAAAAUCAACUUCAAAGUAUGAAGAUAUCAAUAAAAUAUCUUUAAAAACUACCAAUAGUGUUAAGCAACCCAUAUAUAGUAAAUCAAAACAUUUAGGUACUAAUCAAAUCUCUGUUAAAGUUCAAUCACCAGUAAUGAAAUUUGAACCUGAAAAUGUCUAUGGCUCUAUUGAAAAACCCAUUGUUAAAAAAGAAGUAAAACCUUGUUAUUCUGCCAACAGUUUGAAUUGUACAUCGAAUAUCCACAGCUUAGUAAAAGAUGAAAUAAGGUUAUCACCUCCAUUAUUAAAAAAUUCUACUACUAAGCAUCGAGCUAACAAUAAAAAGUCUAUUAAAGCUACUGAAAAUGGUGGCGUUAAAUACAUUGCAAAUAACUUUCAUUAUGAACCGAAAAAAUUAGGUAAUGGACGAAUUCCUAUGAAACGUACAACACUUGUUAUAAAAUGUGAACCUGAAGAUUUUAAUGAUACUAGUAAAGAAAAUAUUGAAACGGUGAUAAAUCACCAUUCUUCUAAAGGUUUACAAAGUACUGCUGUAGGUCAUAGUUUAGUGAAAAUUGAUCAAAUUGUUUUAUCUUCGGAAAAUUUUGCUUCUCAACAUCAAGGUCCAAAUGACAGUUCUAUAAAGACAACUGACAAUUCAAAAAAUCAUUUAAUAUACAAUCUUAAUUAUAAACCGAAAGAUCUAAGUAAUGAUCUAACUUCAGUGAAGGAUAAAAUAACAAAACUUGAACCGGAAAAUAAUAAGAGCACUACUCAACCCAAUUUUAAAAUAAAUUUAAAAACUGAAAAUGAAACAAAAUGCGUUAAUCCAAUUAAAAUUCAUUCUGCUGAGAACGGAAAUGUUGAAGGUCGAAAAAUUAUCAUAAAAAACAUGGAAACUAUUGUAUCUUCAAUAAAAUCUGAGGAUAUAGAUUCUCAAACUGAUAAAAAAAAAAUCUCGUGGGAAGAAUUCAGAGCAAAAAGAGAAAAAAUGGGUUUGAUAAAUAUUUCAGAGAUUAAAGAAGAGCCUGCAAUAGACGUUGUUGCAACAGAUAAUGUGAAAUUGAAAGCAAUGAAAGAAGAGUUUGAUCGAAACACAGCUGAACAUUUCAUUGGUCAAAAAAGAAAGAUUGAUGAUAAAGAAGAACAAAAUACUGCUUCUAAAGAAAUAAACAAUGAAGAUGAAGAAUUGCAAAAAAAGCGGAUGAAAAUUGAAUACAUAAAGAAACUUCUACCAUCAUCUUUUGCAUCAGAAAUAGCAAAGACCUCAAGCUUGAUGAAGGGCAAUUUAAUAGAAGAUAAUGAUAAUGAUAAUACUUCUGAUGAUUCAAUGUUGUGCAAUGAUAAAACACAAGGAAAAUAUUCAAACAUACAUGAUAAGUCCCAAAAAAAAGGCCACCAAACUAGAGUGCAUUCAUCUCACCGUAAUUUAUCAAGGUCUGGUUAUAAUAAUAGAAGUAGCCGCUCAUCAUCAACAUCAUCUAAUCCAGAUGAUUAUUAUAAUCGUAACAGAACUGAUACUCCUUCACAAGGAUCACUAUAUAAUCAAAAUGCACGAACCACUCUUCAAAGGAACAAAGACCAGAAAAGGGUGGUAUAUGUUGGACAAAUACCAAUCAAACUUGGAAAGCGUUACUUAUACAAUCGGUUCAAAGAAUUUGGUGCAAUACAAUCUUUAACACUUCACAAAAAACCAGAUUUUCGCGUUUAUUAUGCAUUUGUAACAUAUUCUGAGAAUUCAGAAGCUGACCGUGCUAUCAGUCAUGGAAACGAUGAUGAAAGUCAAGUCCAAUUGGAUAUUAGGUUUGGCGAAAGAAAACAAACUCAAACUCCUUACUAUGAUUUAGACGAUGAAUGGUUAACCGACUGGUAUGGAUACAAACAACCUUUAGCACCAAUAGUGAAAACACAAACCGUUGAAAAAGUUUCUUUUGAAGAAGAAUUGCAAGAAUUUUAUAAGCUUGCUCAAAUUAAGAAGUUAAAUAAAAUUAAGUCUUCUCAAGCCUCUUGACAUAAGUUUUUU